CAUAGUGCAUAGAAUAUUUUUAUUUCUUUUCAAAAUAAUCACGUAAAAGAUGAUUCCUUUAUCAACAUCUAUUAAAAGUUUUCUUAAAACUAGCUGUACUAGAUGUCUAAGAUAUCAAAAUUAUGCCACACGGAAGAGAUUUUAUCGUGGCACAGGUAUUUUACAAAGUGACAACAAAUGGGAGAUCACUUUAGACCAUCGGCGUUUAAAAACACCCAAUGGGAAAGUUUUAGCAGUAAGCAGUGAGCCCCUGGCUCGUGCCAUUGCAGCUGAAUGGGAUGCUCAAACUGAAGUAAUAGCGCAACCUGUUAUGCACUUGACUGCACUAUGCAACAUAGCUUUGGAUAAUCCUGGAAAAUUGACUCCACAUGAUAUUGCAAUAUAUUUCCUAGAAUAUAUUUCAACAGAUACUCUUCUAUUUUAUUCAGAGGAGGAUGACGAGUUACGGAUGCUUCAAGAAAAAGAAUGGGGUCCUAUAUUAGAAUGGUUCCAGAAGAGAUUUAACGUUACUCAAGAAGUUUCAAGAGGUUUAGAACCCCCACCGGUAACAACAGAAACUAGAGCAGUUUUGGCAAGAUACUUCUUAUCCUAUGAUUUCGCUGCACUUAGUGCAAUGUCAUUCGGCGUGGAAGCCUUGAAAUCACCGCUACUAAUGAUAGCGUGUGUUGAGCGGCGACUGGAGCCAAAGCAGGCAGUUUUCCUAGCACGCCUUGAGGAAGAGUUUCAGUUAAGGCGGUGGGGGCGCGUUCCGUGGGCUCAUGAGUUAAAUCAAGCGGAGCUGACUGCGCGUGUGGCCGCUUCCUUGUUAGUCAUCCACAGCUCCGCCGAAAAUCACUCGGCUAAGGCGAAAGCAUCGCCUGAACAAUUGAGUCAAUAAAUGAACAUUAUAAACCUA